CAACGUGACUCACUCAGGAAGCGGCAACGUUGUUCUUCGAGCACAUCCAGCAGUCGAGGGCCUUGAGAACAAAACUCAUCAUUUUAAUAUAAAAUAAAUAAAACACUCACAAGAGCUAGAUUUAGUUCGCAGGUUUCUCUCUCGCGGUUCCGGACUACGUUAACAAUGCCCAGAGGAGGAAAAAAAGGCUACAAAGGUCGUGGCAAACAGUUCAGCAAUCCUGAAGAAAUUGACCGACAGAUGCGAGCACAGAGGGAAAAAGAGGCAAAUGGUGGUGUAGAACGUGAAAGUGCUUCAGACUCUGAGGAGGAAAGCAGCAGUGAAGAUGAGCAAGACCAAAAGAAGAGUGGAGUGGCAGGAUUGAUUGAAAUCGAGAAUCCAAAUCGUAUCUCCCAGAAAAGCAAAAAAGUUACAGAAAUAGACGACAAUGCGCCAAAAGAGCUCUCGCGCAGAGAAAGAGAGGAGAUUGAGAAACAGAAAGCAAAGGAGCGCUACAUGAAGCUGCAUCUAGAGGGGAAGACUGAGCAGGCCAGGGCAGAUUUGGCUAGACUUGCUAUUAUUAAGAAACAAAGAGAAGAUGCAGCCAAAAAAAGAGAAGAAAUGAGGAAAGAAAAAGAGGCACAGGAGGCCAAGUCUAAACGUUAGCCUCCUUCCCACCCCUCAGGACAGGGCUUCACUGGGGUGGGAGGGAAGGGACCAAAUUAAUUAGGGAUUCAGCUCAGGGGUGUCCAGGCACACCGUCUUUUCAUCCUCCACUGGAGCGGGACAGGACGGCGAUUUGGACAUUUUAAAGAGUCGGCUAGAAGUGGGGGUUAAAGGCAGGAGCUAAAACUCCUUAAAAUAGAGGUUGGUAUGGAGCACCGUAAUGCCCUUUUUGCCCCCACACCUCCACUGUGCUCUGAUCCUAAAGCUGCUGGAGUUUACUCUUACAAAUUAGCUCUUUUGAUAUAUUUUAAUGUACCUCUGAUUGGGAUACUGUUGAAGGUUUGGGCGGGUUGUGCCCUUAAUGAUGUCUCCUGACCUGUACUAAAGGAGUGGGGUAAAGUAGAGAAUGGAGAAACACUAGCAAACCUGUAGCACCUGUAGAACACCAUCUGCUCCUGUUCUGGCCUGUGCCCACUUCUGUGGCAUCAUGUUUCUUAAUUUUCAAAUGCAUAAGCUACCUAGAGAAAGAUUCACCUGCUCUGAAUGAGCAUAUUUUUCGCGUGCAUGUCAGUUUUUUGAUGUAUCAAAUGUCAUUUUGCUGAUUCACAGAAGAUUAUGUAUUAUUCCAUUAAUAAGUAAAAAGUUGAUUUGCCUAUGAACAGGGCAUCAGCAGUAUUAAUCCACCAUCUUUUGUAAUGUUCACAAUAUAUAGAUAUUUUAAGCAGAAAAGGUUUACUUCUUGUUUUAUCCACUUGGUGUUCAUGCUUUCCUCUAAAAAAAUAAUCUUUUUUUUUUUGCCUUUAAUUGUCCAUGACCCACUCGAGAGAUAUCUCUUGUGUGAAUAUUGUAUGCUUCAGCCUUUUUGUGGGACCUGACUUGCCUUGAACAGUAAGGAAAGCAAUACUACACUGAUGCAGGUGAUGCAACAUUUAGCUCAGCUCAAAAAUGUAUACAUUUUGAAAAGUGAACAUUUGUAAAGUGCUCUCCAGGACUAAGAAAGUAUUUACAUUAUGAGGUAUUGAUAGGAAGAAUAUUAUUCACUUGUAUCCUAUCUUGAUUUGUUGUAUAGAAAUAAAUUCAUUAGUACAUUAAA